AUGCACAUUAUAACAUAUGUUCAAGCGAUAAGGCCAGAGAAUGGGGCCCUAAAGAACCGAAACACUUCGGAUUAUGCCUUAAGUAUCGAUGAACUUUAUCCUCGAGAGCCCUAUUCAGUAAUAGCUGAAAAUGCACUUAUAAAAGGAGAAGAGUUCAGAGAAAAGUUAGGUGCUACCAAUGUAGUUGGUUUUAGUUGGUUAUUAAAGCCUGAAGCCAGUACAACUAUUGCUACAUUGGCACCAUCCAUAGAAGACAUUCUCUUUUCAGAAGAAUAUUAUAAUGUCUUGGACAAAAAUAAAUUUUUACUAGAAAAAUGUCGGCUAACUGAAGAAAGCAUUAAAGAAAUUGCUCAGAAUACAGUUUGGCAGUAUAAAAACGAAGCCUGGUUAAUUUUAAGAAAAAUGCGACUGACUGCCAGUCACGAGUUUUGGCAGUUCAAUGGGGGAAAGACCAUGAAAAAACAGCCCUGGCAAAAUUUAAAGGUCAUCCAAAUGGAAGUUGUUCCAACAGGUUUGUUAAUAAUAUAA